AUGGCUCACUCGACUUAUGGUACAUCUCACACUUACAGUUUAGUUUUAAAGAGGUGGGGGUGGGUGGACAGCGAUGGAAUCAGUCAGCCAUCUUCCAUGCAGAGGCUCAGCCCAUCAGGGGGUUCAGUUCUCUAUCAAGGAGGACCUGCUCCAAAGUCCCAGUCGGGAGGCAAAGAAUACGAAGACCUUGCCCACUAUGGGGAUGGCGGUAUGGAUGGAGUUGGGGGUAUCCGGCGUCCAUGUACGGGGACCAGCACGCGCCUCGGCUGCCGCAGAUCUCGUGCAAGCAGAAACGUUAUUUUCUUCCCUCUUAAUCCCCAGAGUGGAACGAAUUUGAUGAUUCAGUCAAUACAAGUAUUACGAUUCCAUCUUUUAGAACUCGAAAAGGUAUGUUAUUUAUGCACGAGCUUUGCGCCACACCCUUAUCCUUCUCUGCCAAUCGAAUAUAUUAGCUGUUUGAAGGGUAAAAUGCCCAUUGACCUGGUAAUUGAUGUGAACGGGAUGGAUGCAAAGUCCGACUUCGCCGACAUCUCAGGAUCCUCGACAAACCAGAAUCCAGCAUCCUGGAGAGACAUGGACGACGCUCACUCUACCUACUCCCUCAGUCGGCACCCCCAGGACCGCUCCAGCGGGGGACAUGCUUCUCCAGAGCGGAGACAACAGCACGAACUAGGAGAUGGCUUGGAUAACAGCUUGGCAUCUCCGGGAACAGGGGACGAGGACGACCAAGACAAGAAACGGCAGAAGAAGAGAGGAAUCUUCCCCAAAGUGGCGACCAACAUCAUGCGGGCAUGGCUCUUCCAGCAUCUCACGCACCCUUACCCAUCCGAAGAGCAGAAGAAGCAGCUAGCGCAGGACACAGGCCUCACCAUCUUACAAGUGAAUAACUGGUUUAUCAAUGCUCGAAGAAGAAUCGUGCAGCCCAUGAUUGAUCAGUCUAACAGAGCAGUCAGUCAAGGAAGUGCUUACAGCCCCGAUGGUCAGCCUAUGGGCGGCUUUGUGCUAGACGGCCAACAACACAUGGGUCUCCGGCCUGGCGGUCCCAUGGGAGGAAUGGGUAUGAACAUGGGUAUGGAUGGACAGUGGCACUACAUGUAAACGCCUCCUCGCUUCCUAAACCAUAAACGUUUUGAUGGUGUCCUCAAGAACAGUCCCAGUGCUGGCCAGAGGCAUGAGGAGUCACGUCACAUUCAUCCUCACCUGAUCAUGCGCCUGUCCGGUCACCUCUUGUCUUCAUGAGACCUCCCAGAUCUCUCACGGACCCCUCAUCAUCUGGUCAUCAUGUCUCCAGCCAAAGGACUGUCUGCAGGAGCACCAACAUUACAAAAACAGACUUGAAGCAUUUGUGCCAAAAGAGAGACUUCUAAAAAAAGACAAUUGGAGAUCUUUUCUUUUUAAAUUAUUUAUUUAUUCUUGUUAUACUGUCAAGAAGCACGGGGACCACACCAUUUGUGCACUUUUGCUCAACCCUAGAGUGGCCGCCCCAGACGCUAAUAUUCCAUACCUCCUCACGCACAAGUGCACACGCUCAUAUUAAACACAUUUAACUGUGGAAUCAAGUAAAAGAUGCUAAGAACCCUCAAGAUCUGAAAUGUGAGUGUAUGAAGGUUUUUUUUUUUUUUUUUUUUUUUUUGGGAAAUGUUCUAUGUUUGGGUUUGUGUCAUUGACUAGUUUUUAGACCUUUGCAUUUAUGACUCUACAAAGGAAAUGAAACCACUUGAUGGGAUGAUUAUGGCACACAUCUGACACAAAUUCCAGUAUGUGAAACCACAAAGUCUUCCCCACAUGAGAUGUUUUGAAAAGCAUCGCUGAGGAAAUGAGUUAUGCGUUUAUUUGUCGAAUUGGAGAGCUACAGUGCUCUUGUAAAGCUAAAUACGCCUGGGGCAGUUUUUAAAUCACUAGAGAUGUUCCAUUGUACAUAAUUAUGUAAAUGUUAUUUGUAAAACACAUAAUGUCAAAUAGGCAUUCAGUCGAGAUCCUUUAAAAAUGGAGUUGGGAUAUUGUUGUACAUUUUGGUCCGUUCUCACUCUUGCUUUUCUCGAUGAAAAAAGUCGAUCAUAUGUUUGUUGAAGUACUGAUCAGUUUGAUCGAUCUUCCCGCUCUGUCCAUGUUUCAUGAGUCUUUUAAAGCAUUGCAGUAUUUCUACACAGUCAAAAGUCGAAUUCUUGUAAUAAAUGCUUCAUUUUCAAAAU